CCUCACCUUACAACGUCUGUUUGAUCUGGAGGAUGUCGGAGUCACGAUAUCACGAAGGCCUCGAGGUCUACUCGGACAGCGCAGCUCAUGCACCAGAAGUCAGCCCGCAUGGUGUUUAUAACCAGGACUCAAAGGAUCCAAUCUCUGGUUAUGUUCAGGUCGUCGAGGCACGAAAAGGUCCUUUCGGUUUGAGCAUAUUGAGUCUAUGUGCGCUUGUUGCUAUCGUCACUGCAAUUAUUGUCGGAGCUGGUGUUGGAGGAGGUGUUGGAUCAGCUCUGGCUCAAUGCAAAAAUUCACAUACUCCAGAACCCUCUGCUGCCUCCGCGAGACAAACCUCCGCCUGUCCAACCCUCGCAGCCAGCGCAAGCGACACCACAGAAACCGCCGAGUCAAAGUUUUACGAGCCCAAACCAGCAGACCAAGUAACAAACCUCACCCUCCCAGACGCAUGUUCCAAAUCAAACGGCAAAGAUGAUUACACCACCACCAACGGCUACGUGUUUACAUACACCUGCGGCUUUGACUACCCAGGGAACGAUAUAGCGCCUAUACUGGCCUACACCGCGUUCGACUGCAUGCAUGCAUGCGCAAUGUACACCGCAGUCAACAGCGGGAAAGAAAACGCUACGCUUUGUGAUAGUAUUGCCGAAGGGGGGAAUUGUUGGUUGAAGAGUGGGACGAGGGAUCUUUUUCCAGCUUCGGAUAUAAUGCCGACUUUUCUGUAUGCCCAAAGGAAUUCCUGAGGUUAGAUGACUAAUUGAUGUACUACUUUAUAUCCAUCAUCUUUUUGUGCUGGGUGUUGUUUUUGUGAUUGAGGCUGCGGAUUGGACUCGUGGUAGUGUCAGUGUGGCUGAGUUUAAAGGUUAUGGCCGGACGGUCUUGGCAGUGAGGCCAUCUCAGCGACGAGGUUGGGCUCGGCUGGAAGGACAAGUCAGAGUUGAAUUGUUAGCUUCUGCUUUGCCGUUGGGGGUUACAAUGACUGCAUACCACCUCAAUUGUGCCAUCAAAAGACUUGCUCGCUUCGAAUGCAUUCUGUAUCUUCGAGCUCCUGGGCCCAGCGGAAGAAUGAAGUUUCAGGAUUCAUCACCAGAGCUCAGAUCGGACUACAUUAGUGCGGAGUACAGUGCUGACAUAUCCGUAUAGAGUGCUUAGAAAAAGACAGCAGCUGCUCAGCCCCAGAUGCAUCGUUCGUUUACUCACUCUUGGAACC